CGCCUGCUGUUUCCCUGCAGAAGCUCGAGGACGGGCAUCUAAACAACUCGCUGGGAUCGCCGCUGCAGGGCGACGUGUACUUCCCGCGCCUGAUCGUCCCCUUCUGCGGGCACAUCAAAGGCGGCAUGAGGCCCGGGAAGAAGAUCCUGGUGAUGGGCAUCGUGGACCUCAACCCGGAGAGCUUCGGCAUCCGCCUGACGUGCGGCGAGUCCGAGGACCCCCCGGCCGACGUGGCCAUCGAGCUGAAGGCCGUGUUCACCGAGAGGCAGUUCGUGAGGAACUCCUGCGUGGCCGGAGAGUGGGGCGAAGAGCAGUCGUCCAUCCCCUACUUCCCCUUCAUCCCCGACCAGCCCUUCAGGGUUGAGAUACUUUGCGAGCACCCCCGUUUUAGAAUAUUUGUGGAUGGACAUCAACUCUUUGAUUUUUACCACCGUAUUGAAACACUGUCAGCAAUUGACACGAUAAAGAUAAACGGAGAUCUCCAGCUUACAAAACUGGGCUGACCCUGUUGGGACUGUAGCAUCCAAAGCGGCUCAGGUGCCACCGUGGGUUUGGAGGAGCGACAGCCGCCUCCG